AGAUGGCUAUGGCUGCUCCUUCGGCAGCAGCUGCGGCGGACCCGGUACCCUGGGAAAUCUUCGAGGCCCGGGAAGUGAGAAAUACCGCACAGCAUGAGGAGCAGCGAAAGCCCGGGGGCUGUUGCGGGCGCCCAGAAGAUGCAGAGGACCGAGCAGCAGCAGCCGCCGCUGAAGAGGAGGACCAGGGGCGCGCGGGGCCCGAGCUGGCGCCCAUUUGGUUAUGUUCAGAGCACCGCAACCGGACGGUCGAGCUGUUCUGCAGCCGCUGCAGACGCUGUGUGUGCGCCCUGUGUCCACUGGUGGGUUCGCACCGAGGCCAUCCCGUGCGCUUUGUCCACGAGGAAGUGAGCUUCAAGCAGAAAGACAUCCAAAAGUGUUUGAAGCAGCUAGCCCUGAAGAAGAAACAGGAAGCCAGCAACAUCAACAAAGUAAAUAAGGCUGCUAAUGAGCUUGAGGAACAUUCUGAAGCUACCAAAAUCUGGCUAACAGGAAAAUUUACUGAACUGCGUUUAUUGCUUGAUGAAGAGGAAAUGGCUGCAAAGAAAUUAGUUGAUAAAAACACCCAACAGGCAUUUAGAACAUAUAAUGAGCAAAUGGAAUUGUGUCAAGAACGAAUUAACAUCAUAGACAACCUUUCCAGGAAGAUCCAAAGAAUACACCAACAGCAAGAUCCUAUUCGGUUGCUACAGGAAUAUACAGCAUCAGAAAAGGAAAUGAUGCAGCAGAUGAUUCCUACAGAAUUAUUCCAUCCAAUACCUGUCAAGUUUGAGCAUGCUAAGACCUAUUACAGGAACUUAGCAACAGCUGUUUUUACCACUCUGCAGAUGCCAUUGGAUGUCCGCCUUAAAGAAGAUACCUGCAGCCAGCUUUCUGUAUCUUCCCAGUCAAAACCUGGUACAUUGCUGAAAACAACACCCACACCUGAGCGUUCACUCUUCUUAAAAUAUGCCAGAAUCCCAACCCUGGAACCAGACACUAUGCAUUCCCGGCUGCGAUUGUCUGAUGACCGUUUGACUGUGACCUGUGUUUUGAUUGGCAAGAUUCAAUUAUUUAAUCCCCAGAGGUUUGAUAAACUGUGGCAGGUGCUGAGCCGGGACUCUUUCUUCUCUGGGAGUCAUUACUGGGAGGUGGACUUACUCAAGUCUGGGAUAGGAUGGUGGAUAGGGGUGGCUUAUUCUUCCAUUGGACGCAAAGGAAAUUCUGAAGCUAGUCGUUUGGGGUUUAAUAGAGAAUCUUGGUGUUUAAAAAGAUUUGAUAUGGAAUACUGGGCAUUUCAUAAUGGAGAAAGAACACGAAUACCAAUAGAUCAUGAUCCUGAAAGGAUUGGAAUUUUCCUGGAUUACGAGGCUGGAAUUCUCUCUUUUUAUGAUAUGACAUGUGGUGUGACACACUUACACACAUUUUACUCAAGGUUCCAAGAGCCACUUUAUCCAGCACUGAGGCUAUGGGAAGGAUCAAUAACCAUACGUAAACUGCCCUAGGGCCCCCGCUAAUCCCAGGAAAUGAUUGGUCCCAGUGUAAGGAUAAAGGAUACAGGAGGGGACUCUCUUUGCAGACAUAUGGCUGGUGCUAUGAUGAUAACAAUAAAAAUGAUCAUUAGCAUUUGUACACUUUAAAGUUUGCAAAGUGGUUUAUGUAAACAUUAUUUCAUUUGAACCCUAUGAGGCAGAGACUCUCAAUAUCAUUACCCCAUUUUACAGAUGAGGAAAUUGAGACCCAGUGACUUCCUCAUGGUCACACAGCUAAAGUGUUAGAGGAGAAAUUUGAGGCCAGGUCUUCCUAACUCCAAGUUCAGCAUUCUAUCCCCUGUGCUUUCCUGAGAAUAGGUACCUCAAACCCACUGGCUGUUUUUCAACUCUUUACUACCCUUCAUCCUUUUGUCCAAUCAAACAUAUAAUCAGAUGAACAAGUCUCCGGGAAGAAAAGAAAAGAUUUGAGUAGGAUUGUUACAAAUAGAUUUUGUGAUAUGUUUAUAACAAACAUGAAGUUUGAAGCCAUUGCUUUAGGGAACCAGGCUAUAUAGGCAUAUGGGUAUGUCAAGUAGGGUAGUAACUCUAGGGAUGCUAGGCAGUAAUGUUUAUUACUAUUAAAUAGUAGUAAUACUAAUAACAAUUAGCAUUAACAUUACUAGUAAUGUUAUUAUACUAGGUAGUAAUGAUAAUGCUAGGUAGUAAUAUUUAUUAUAACUAACUAAUAGAAAUAUUACUAACAUUAUCAGUAAUGUUAUUAUACUAGGUGGUAAUGCUAAUGCUUGGUAGAAAUGUUAGGGGAUAAAACAAAGAAAAAGGAUUAAAAGAGAUUAGGCCCAGCAUAUUGAAUCCAUAAUGUGUUUCCUAAACUGUGGGUACCAACCCCAUAUGGGAUUUUGACCCACAAUUUAAGAAGUGCUAAAGGGAUCUUGAGUGGAAAAAGUUUAAGAAGUCCUGAAUUAUUAGACCUAGGGUGCAGAGUACUUAGCUUAACCUUGGUCCUGGAAUGGAUAUCUCGCUGCUUUAUGCUGAUUUUUAUUCAGCUGACCAAAUUGCUUAUGUAGAUAAAAGGAGACACCAGAAAUAUGAUAUUGUACCAGGACUAUCAGUAGUUUAUGUAACUAUAGACUAGAAACUAAACAGAGAGUCUAAAAUGUAACUAGUCCUAGGUUAAAGGACUCUUGGGUAUGGGUCAUUCUAAUCAGGGAUGCUGGGAUCUGCCAAGCUGAUGAGCGAAUCAGGGAAAAUUAAGAAGAAACCCUCCCGUAGGAAAGCAGGUGUACCGAUUUUUUUUUAUUGUGAUGCACAGUUUCUAUAAGGGACUUAAUGGCUUUUGACCUUUACUCAUUCAGGACUCCCGACCUGGGCAAAUAAAUGGCAAGACCUGAUUCAAUAAAGCAAAUGAUUCUUUCUUA